AUGCAGAAAUUACGCUCAUCCCAGGCACUGAGUCCCCAGAUCAUUCGGUUGGCGAUUGCCAAAUUCUCCCACACCACUACUACCAUUGACCACAUUGGACCACUGACAUGGAAUCAUGUGAGUGGCAAUGGAGACUUGGUUUGCGUUUUUGAGAAGCUUCCAAGUAGUGCUUCUGCGUCAAUCGGCUUAAUUCAGCGAGUGAUCCGAGGCAAUGUCAUCUUAGAGGAUAUCAAUGUCACAGAUCUUGUUCGGAUGGCUCAAUUGAGAGCCCAGUCAGAUACUCAGGGUUCAUUGCCCAAGUUUCCCUUUGCGGCUGUCGUCAAGCUCCCUUGUCUUGCGAUCAAGUAUCCUGAAGGUGGAACCCAUAUCCGUCGAUUUCAGAUCAAGUUCACCAUGGAAGGUGACUACCACACAGCUCUGGCCAUCUUAGGGGAGAUCGGAUGUCCACUGACUGAAGGCAAUACACCUGCUCUACGUCCAACUCCCUCCGUAUCAUCAUGGACAUCUGGUCAUCUUUCUCAUGCACCAAGCAUCAUGAUUCCAUCAACUUCAGUCCGCAGCAUUGGUGCCCCAUUUAAUCAUAUCGGAGCCUAUGGGUCUCAAAGAACCUCAGCAUCCCUCCGAGCAUCAUCUCCUGCCAGCACUGUGUCUUACGCUCCCUGCAGAUUUGGUCCUCGUCAACCCACAUUUAAUCAUCCAGCCCAAAGCCUGGAGCCAUUGUCCACGGUUCCAUUUCAAUCCACUCAGGCCCCAUAUGUAUCCUACCAGGAGCCAGAAGCAUCCAGCUCUCAGUCUUUCACAGUCCCCGCAAUCCACAACCUUGAGCAGUUGAACCAGAUGCUACCUCCCAAGCGAGACUUGCCGUUCCAAAAGCCACCGUCUAAAAAGGCCCGUUCCGCCAGCGUCGCUCGACCUGCAGAAUCAGCUAAGGAUCAAGACCGGAUUCACCAUCCCUUCGACGCAGUCAUGCAACCCGAGCUAUCCGUCCUGGAUCCUGGCUUGCAAGAGGCUGGGACUCUUAUACCCUCCCAACAAAGCCAAUGUGCAGCUGCGAGUCAGAAAUCACUCGCCUGCGAGAACCUCAUCACCUCUCCAGAGGUAUCUAGUACCGACAGGGUAGUUGAGCACUUAGCCCAGAGAGCUACUCUCCAAAAUGCAUCCCAAUUACAAUCUCAACCGGGUGCAAACAACAGAGUCGGCAUAGUAACCGGCCCCGAACGUAUACAGGACCAAUCACCCUCUCUACCCUCGUUUGGAUCUGCAUCUGUACCCCAUGCAGUCCCCGCCAUGACAGAAGACCAUCUUGCGCAAUAUUUAGCUGCACCCACACCAGAGCGAGUCGCCUUUCUCGAGAACUGGAUGUGUGACUUGAUCGAGGAUGACAGAUUUAUGAGCCUGUGUCAGGAUGUUGAGGGGACGUGGAGACGGUUUGCGUUUGGGAAAAGGCAGUGA